UACUGACUCUGAACGCUGUCUGGUGGGCAGCACAGAGCGGCUAGGGACGUCAUGUCUGGGACAUUUAAUUCCCUGGGAAGAAGGGGUUAAUGGGAUCUCUUCCCAUCGCAGAGGGUACAGCAUCCAGCCUCUGGAGUUAGUCGGUGGUCUCCUGCCGGAGGGUCUGUUAAGGGAACUGCGACGCCGCGUCUUCUCCGGUGAAGGGAUGAAUUUUGCUGUGGGAUUUAAGUCUUUGGGGGGGGAUACGCAAACCAUGGACAACCUGGAGAAGCAGCUGAUCUGCCCCAUCUGCCUGGAGAUGUUCACCAAGCCCGUGGUGAUCCUGCCGUGCCAACACAACCUGUGCCGCAAGUGUGCCAACGACAUAUUCCAGGCCUCAAAUCCCCUGUGGCAGUCCCGUGGUUCCAGCACCGUCUCCUCUGGGGGGCGCUUCCGCUGCCCGUCGUGUCGCCAUGAGGUGGUCCUGGAUAGACACGGGGUGUACGGGCUGCAGAGGAACCUGCUGGUGGAGAAUAUCAUAGACAUCUAUAAGCAAGAGUCCUCCAGGCCCCUGAACACCAAAUCAGAGCAGCAUUUAAUGUGUGAGGAACACGAGGAAGAGAAAAUCAAUAUUUACUGCCUGAGCUGCGAGACCCCCACCUGCUCCAUGUGUAAGGUGUUCGGGGCCCACAAGGACUGUGAGGUGGCUCCGCUCUCCAGUGUCUACAAGAGACAGAAGAGUGACCUCAGCGAUGGCAUUGCAAUGCUAGUGGCUGGUAAUGAUCGGAUCCAGGCCAUUAUCACCCAGAUGGAGGAGAUCUGUAAGAGCGUGGAGGAUAACAGCCGACGGCAGAAGCAGCACGUCAGCCAGAGAUUUGACUCCUUGUAUAACAUUUUGGAGGAGCGUAAGAAGGAGUUAUUACAGAUUAUCACAAAACAGCAGGAGGAUAAGCUGCAGUAUGUGAGAGGACUGAUCCGCAAGCAUGGAGACCACCUGGAGGUCACAUCAAAACUAGUGGAAUCAGCCAUCCAGUCCAUGGACGAGCCUCAGAUGGCGGCAUUCCUGCAGCAUGCAAAGGAGCUGAACACGAAGAUCACAGACAUGUCCAAAGUUUCUACGAUAGACCGGCCAGACCCUGGCUAUGAAAAUAUGGACCACCUUUAUGUGAAUGUGGACUAUGUGUCCGAGAUGCUGAGGACGAUUGACUUCCAGUCAGGUGCUCAGGGUGAAGAAGAGGAAGAUAUAUUUGAUACAGAGGAAACAGAGGUAGCAUUGGAGGAAGAGAGACCAGAAUCUACAAAUGAUUCCGGCUCCAGACAGAAGGCGGCGACCCCUCAACAUGGCGAUUAUGGGGGGGUUUAGGGUUGGUGGGUAACUGGGGAGUUACAUGUUUUCAUGCUCUGGUUUAUGUUUGAUCAUUUCGUUAUUAAAGUUCACCUUCUGCUGUG